GGCAGCGGCAUGUUCGCCCAACUCAGAGGAUGGAUUUCUAGCCUAUUCACUCCCUCCCAACCAGCCCUCGACGGAAUGCGCCUGGGCCCUGACGACAAUGUCGACAAUCCUCUCAUGCUCCAAUUCUUUACUUGGGACACGCUGCACCCUACCCUAAGCUGGUGGGGUCAUCUAGAGAACGAGAUACCCUCCCUCGCGAUCAUGGGUUUUACGCAGCUGUGGCUGCCGCCCCCGAACAAGGGCGAGAAUAAGGUCAGAGAAGUCAUUAUUUUUGUCGAAUUCUCAACUCCGGUCAAGAAAGGACGAGGAUAUGAUGCCUACGAUCUCUGGGAUCUCGGCACAGUGGAGACACGGUGGGGAGGGAGGGAAGCGUAUUUACGAGCAUGCCACGCUGCCCGCAGUCAUGGCGUCGAUGUCCUUGUUGAUGCCGUUUUGAAUCACAAGCUCGGAGCGGACGCAUGUGAGCGGUUUCCUGCCAUUCCUGUCAACCCGCAGAAUAGGCUUGAGGACGCGGGACCAGAGCGAAUCAUCAGCGUAACAAAUGAUGUAGGGGUGGACCGUUUUCGACUUCAAAGGCAGAGAUGGGAAGGUUUACAGCGACUUGAAAUGGAGGCAGGAGCACUUCAGUGGCAUGUCUCGAUUGGGAUCACGAGACGCGGACAAGUGGUGUCUACAGGCUCUCCGGCCCUGGCCAUAAGGGCUGGUCAAAGCAUGUACGUCCACACUGAGCUGGGAAAUUACGACUACCUUCUGGGAGUUGACAUCGACCAUCGACAUCCGCAAGUCCAGAAGGACAUGUUAGAUUGGGGUGUUUGGAUCCUUCAGACCACUGGAGCGUCUGGCUUCAGGUUGGAUGCCAUAAAGCACAUGGACUACCGAUUUAUUCUCAAAUUUCUUAAACAUACCCGAAAUAAUCUCCAACGGUCGAAUAUUUUCGCAGUGUCCGAAUUUUGGUCCGGAGACUUGAAAUCAAUCAUACCCUACAUCAAGAUUUGUCGAGGCGCAACCUCCUUCUUUGACGUUCCACUGCAUAUGAACUUCCACGAGGCAAGUAAACAGGGCUCAAAGUACGAUCUUCGGCGAAUUUUGGACAACACCAUCGUCAAGGCAUUUCCGAGAGAUGCGGUCACUUUUGUGGACAACCACGACACGGUCAAGGGCCAGUCCCUGGAGAGCUGGGUGUCGACCGACUUCAAGUUGCAAGCGUACGCCAUCAUCCUUUUGCGGCGAGCUGGCCAUCCUUGCGUAUUCUACGGGGAUUUAUACGCCAACGAGGAGUGUGGCGACGCCCGCAUUGAGAAGCUGCUCCCUGCCCUCAUUGAGGCGCGAAAGCGAUUCGCAUAUGGUCGGUGCGACGACUAUCUGCUAGAACAAAGUUGCAUAGGUUUCGUGCGAGCGGGCGAUUCCAAGCAUGCUGGUUGCGCUGUGGUGUUGAGCAAUCGUGAACCAGGACCCUCGCAUUCGCUACGCAUGAGUGUAGGAAGCGAAAACGCCAACACAACCUACCGUCCUCUCAUGCACGAGUCUGAUGCGACUGUGUCAGUCGACUCUGAGGGUUGGGGUUCCUUCAGUUGUCCGGCCAAUGGGGUCCAGAUUUGGGUUCGUGAGUAG